UAUCUGUCUCCUUCUCUCUCUCCUUUUCACCACCUUCUUCAUCACUAUAGAUUUAGCUCAUCUGAAGUACGAACCUUGAUCCAUCUAACGUACCCCACCUUGACACGUGUUAGUGUCGGCGCGUCCUCAACGAACCGAACUGGUACGAACGUAUACAUCAACGAGCCACAACCAGAAAGCCCGAAUCAUCUUCCUAACUCCUGACAAGGGUUUUCUUUCUUCAAGUCGUUUUCAGAAGUACAGAUCUCGCAUGAUCUUUCUCACCAAUCUUGAUUACUUAAGAUUCAAAUGGAGGUGAAAGAGAGUGAAAGAGUGGUAAUAGCAAAACCAAUAGCUUCAAGGCCUUCAUGCUCUAGCAUCAGGACAUUCACUGAUCUUUUAACUGAUUCAGUUACCAUAUCUCCCCAUGAGGCUGUAGACGUUGCUGCUAUAAGACCAAAGACUCUGAGGUUCAAACAGCCAGCGGUAGCUUCUGUCUCAUAUCCACCGGUUGACGGAAAGGACAAAGGAAAGUCUUGUGAUGAUUCAGACAGCAAAAGCUAUGUAGUUUAUAAACCUAAAGCAAAGCUUGUCUCCCAAGCAACUGUCUCUGCAUUGGCUAAUAUGCUUCAGGGAAGCCGUCAACAGGUUUGGAGACAAAGCGAAGCAAUCUCCUCCUAUGGGAAGAGUGGUAGCCAAGGUAGGUCAGGUCCUAACCUAGUCCCUAGGGUUCCAUCCUUCAACGAAUCAGAGACAUCGAGUGGAGACAGAUCUUCCGUGGACGGAUACAAUUGGAGGAAGUACGGACAGAAGCAAGUCAAAGGAAGUGACUGUCCAAGGAGUUACUACAAAUGCACACACCCUAAAUGUCCUGUCAAGAAGAAAGUAGAGAGAUCAAUGGGUGGUCAGGCUUCGGAGAUUGUGUAUCAAGGUGAGCAUAAUCAUUCCAAACCGUCUUGUCCUCUUCCGCGGCGCGCUUCAUCAUCAUCCUCUUCAGGGCUUCAGAAACCACAGAGAGAGCUGGCUUCGGAAAGAUCAAUAGGACAAGACCCUAACAGUGUCUAUUACCAUCCUCUUUGGAGUACUCAAAGCAGUGACUCAUCUAAAAGCAUAACAGAGAGGAUGAAUGAAGGUUGUGUUAUAACACCGUUUGAGUUUGCUGUUCCAAGACCGGCUAACUCAAGUGGUGGGACUUCAGAUUCUGGUUGUAGAAGUAGUAGCCAGUGUGAUGAAGGAGAGCUUGAUGAUCCUAGCAGAAACAAGAGAAGCAGGAAGAACGAGAAGCAAGCGAGUCAAACAGGAGUAUCACAAAGCUCUGGGGAAUCAGACAGUCUUGAAGAUGGAUUCAGGUGGAGGAAGUACGGUCAAAAGGUCGUUGGAGGCAAUGCGCAUCCAAGAAGUUAUUACAGAUGCACGAGUGCAAACUGCAGAGCAAGGAAACAUGUUGAGAGGGCGAGUGAUGAUCCAAGAGCCUUCAUUACAACCUAUGAAGGUAAACACAACCACCAUUUGCACUUAAGACCUCCAACUUCGCCCGCUCUUCCCUUUACCUCCACACAACAUUCUAAUCAAGCCAUUUGAUGCCUCCUCCUGCUUCUUCAAUCUUCAUAGCAAAGUUCAUUAUUCAUUUUCUUGUUUCCAUUGUUAAUUUUAUUUUAUUUUACAUAAAAGUUGUAAUGACAAGAAAUCAAAAGGAAAAAAAAAGCAAAUAAAAAGAGUGUUUCAUUUUCA